CUCAGCGAGCCGCGGCGGCAGGGGAAGCGGCGGGGCCCGGCCCGGAAGAGGAGGGCUCUCUCGCUCGCUCUCAGUGCGGCGGUUCGGCGACGGCUGGCGGCGCAGGUUUUCAGAAUGACUUCGUUGGUUGACAUGCCCCUGAAUUAUGAAAAGAUGUUUGCUCAUCGAUUCACAUCAGAUGAUGAAGAAUACCAAGAAUACCUGAAACGCCCUGCAGAUCCCCCUCCUAUAGUUGAAGAAUGGAGAAACAGAUCUGGUGGCAACCAGAGAAACAGAGAUCGGUUCCAAGAUGGUAGAUAUUUUAGAGGGGACAGAUACAACUGGCAAGGUGACUACAGAUCUAACCAGAGGCCAGAAAGAAGUUGGGGUAAUAACUACCAGCAGCACAGACAAGGACAAUCGUACUCCUCCCACUACGGACAAUAUGGCUACAACUCCUACAACCCAGGGCCUCGUUACCAUCCCUACUGAUGAUACCUGUGGUUUGAAAGUCCAGUAAUGCUAUGUAACAAAUCCAGUUAGACUUCAGUUUUCUUAUUUUUCCACAUUUUUAUAGAUAACUGAAGAAUCAGUAUUACAGCCCCUUGCUGUUUGUCUGUAGUGUGAGUUGAAAAAGGGAAUACCUUUUAGAAUAAUAGAAGUGUAUUAUACAGAGUUUGUUUAGCGUCUGUAGAUCUUAGAUUAAACUUCUAUCUCAUUCUUUUGUCUGAAUACGUACACAUACACUUCUUCCAACACCAAGAUUUCUCUCUGUUACGUUUUAAAAAACACAACAGGUCAGGGGAAAAUACCUGUGGUUUGUGUGCAGCCCAUAGCAGUGGCACAUUGCCUUAAGAUGCAUCUUUUUGAAAGUGACAUACUGUGUCUGUCUCUGGAGAGAAUUUUUUAGUUUGGGUUUUGAUAGUGAGAAAAGCUCCAUUUGGUUUGAAUUUCAGAUGCCUUAAAGCUGAGAAGAGCAAUGCCAUUACAGAAAUAUUUUAUGGGGUCAGCAUAGUGUCUGUUGACUCAAUGGCUUCAAUUUAUGUGCAGUAUGCUUCUUAACACGGUCUAAAAGUUAGAAUAAAAAUUAAGUUGUUUAAACAUGUAUCUUCUUAUUGUAGUAGUUCAGUGAUACACAAGUUUUACCUGAGAAGUGAUAUCAAACUUGGGUUAAUUUGUACCACCUUAAAAUAGAUUUGGUAUGUGCAUAACAUUUUGGAAUUCCCACUUCAGUAAAGCUGUAAAAUUUGAUAAUUGUAAUUAGUUUGUAUGAAAUACUUUGUGCAUGUUAUAGAAGACAGGAACCAUAAUCAGUACUGUUCUGUACUUUUUUUUGUGUGUGUGAGGAAAUAGCAUAAGCAGUGCAGAGUGUUAUGCAGUUUUUAGAAUUUAAGUUCUGUGGUUUUUUAAGUGUUCACACAAUAAAAGUAUAGUUCAUGUGUAA